GUCAGCUCCUCUCUGUUUUCUCUCAGAAACAGCGCUGCUUUGAAAAUGAUCACAUUUUAUUUUGGAAACAUUCAAGAAGAUGAAGUAAAUUAUAAAUGUUAUUUAAAACUGAACGCUGCAAAGAGGAACCAUUUAUUCAUUUUUAUUUCCAAGUCAAAGGAAAUAAAAAGACAGUUUGAUGGGAAAUCUAUUCAAUUAUUAUGUUAAAAAAAUCUACUUUGUUGUGAAAUAAGCAUUUAAUCACUAAUGAUCAAAUAAAUGUUUUUUUUAUUUUAAAUCAAAGUUGUAAACUAUUUUGUGAAAACAAUUCUUCAACACUGAAUUAUUUUUUUAUUUAUACAACUAGAUUUCAAACAGAAAAAAUGGUCCAUUUCAGAUCCUAUUCCAGUGAUUUCAGUUCAUUUAAAUCAGCUGUAAUGGCGGCUGUGGUGCAGUGGUGGAGUGGUUGACCUCUGAUUGGAGACUGAAGGUUCAGACUUUGCGUGCUCAUGUAUCUAAGUGUCCUUGGGCAAACGCUAAAUGGCGUUAACUUAUGUAGGUCUUUACUACCUUCUUAGAAUGGGCGUGGCAGCCUUGGUUCCAUUCAUGCACAUUCACACCCUGAUGGCCGCUCCACUGCCGAACACCAACCCAUAACCACCAGGGGCAACGUGGGGUUCAGUGUUGGGCAGGAACCGAACCUCCAAGCUUCCAAUCAGAGGUUGACCGCUCCGCCUCUGCACCACAGCCGCCCCGUGGCUGCAAGACACUGAACCCCACAUCUCUCCCGGUGGUUGUCGGUUGGCGCCAGCGGUGUGUGAACGUGGGGGAUGUGGACUGUGACUUUGGGCCUCAACAAAGGCAGAAACAUGCUACAUAAACACGUAAACGCCAUUUAACAUUUACAUUUGGUCCCAAAGUGGAGCUUUUCUCCACUGCAGACAUGAUCGUUGCAUUGUCUAGGUUGGAUGAACUGAUCCAGUGUCUGAAUAAAUAUCCACACAAGACUCUUAAAGAUUUUUUUCUUUACAUUAAGAUUAAAUCACGGUUAAUAAAAUGAAUAUUUUUGUUAAAUUAAUGAGAGCAGAUGUUUUUAAUGAUAUUUACAUUCUGCUUUCAUCAUGCAUUUUUAAAAAAUGCAUCCAGAGUAGACCUGGUUCCUCACAGAUUAUUGCUGAGUACCAGCAAAGCCACCAUUUGGGCCACCAGGUUUUACUUCCUUAAAUCUAAUCCUCUCUUGAGCUAACGGUGUGGAACCCCUCACUGUCCCAGUUCUGCUGCCAAACAAACAUCCCUUUUCUCCAGUUUUAAGCAGCAUGUCCAACACAGGCAGAAGCCUCCCGUGUGAGUCCGACUCCUCCUACGACUCUGAUGCCCCAUCACCGCCUCCCUACCAAGAACGGCCCCCGCCACCCUACAGGGCCUCAAAUGACACUCUCCCCAGGCAGGACACCUAUCAGCCCCCCACCAGGGACAAGAACUUCCAUUAUCCAAACCCAGAAGCUCCAUCGGAAUCGACUCCACUUGUUUCCUCGUCGUCCUUUGAAGACAAAGCAGUGAGGAGAGGUUUUGUUAGAAAGGUGUUUGGCCUCCUGACCCUCCAGCUGCUCUUCACCUUCAGCGCGGUGAGUGUCUUCACCUUCUCCCCUGUGGUCAAAAAGGCGGUGCAGACCAACCACUGGGCCUACCGCGGCUCCUUCAUCCUCUUUGCCGUGGUGGUCGUCACCCUCAUCCUGUGCGACUCCCUCAGACGCCGGCAUCCAUGGAACCUCAGCGGACUGGUUGUGGUCACCCUGAGCGGGUCCUACAUGGUGGGAACGGUUGCCUCCUUUCACAACACCUCCACUGUGGUCAUCACCAUGGCAGUGACGCUGGUCAUUUCUGCCGCCGUCAUCGCUUUCUCAGCACAGACUCGCUAUGACUUCACCUUUUGUUACGGCUUCCUGCUGAUUGUGGUUGUGGACUUUGUGAUGUUUGGCUUCCUCUACACCUUCUGCUACUCCCACAUCACCAACGCCAUCCAUGGAUGUCUGGGAGCUCUGCUCUACGCACUGUUCCUGGUGGUUGACUGUCAGCUGAUGAUGGGGAGGAUGAGCUACCGCCUGGACCCAGAGGAAUACAUCUACGCCGCUCUCAUGAUCUACCUGGACAUCUUCCUCAUCUUCCUCUACCUCCUGGGGAAGAAAUGAUCCUUGACCCUGCAAUAAACCAGUUCCAAAUAUAA